AUGAGUAGCCCAAAGAGGAGGAUCGAGACGGAUGUAAGUGGUGGUUGUCCUGGGCUGAUAAGCGAUUAUGAGGUCACUCUUGUGAACGACAAUAGUACGCAAGAGUUCUACGUGCGGUUCCAGGGACCGGAAGAAACACCCUUCGCAGGCGGAUACUGGAAAAUCCACGUCGAGCUCCCCGAUCAAUACCCGUAUAAGAGCCCCAGCAUCGGGUUUCUGAACAAGAUCUUCCAUCCGAACAUCGACGAGAUGUCCGGCUCCGUCUGCCUCGACGUCAUCAACCAGACCUGGUCCCCCAUGUACCAACUCAUCAACAUCUUCGAAGUUUUCCUGCCGCAGCUGCUGCGGUACCCGAAUCCCGCCGAUCCGCUGAAUGGGGAGGCGGCUGCGUUGUUGAUGCGCGAUGCGAAGGGGUAUGAGGCUAGGGUGAAAGAAUACGUGCAAAAGUACGCCGCGACCAAGGACGCUGCCGACGAGACGGGCAAGGAUGAGGGCGCCGAGGACGAGAUGAGCAGUGUGGGGAGCUAUGACUCGGAUGGCGAGGACGAGGAGGCGGCGGGGAAUAUGGAGGAUAUUUGAGGGUGCGGUGGGGAAAUGGGAUGGGAUGAGAUGGAUUGAUGAGGCGUCGUCUUUUGGAUCAGAACGGUGGGUCUUGGGGGUUUGGUUAGUCUAGGUUUCAUCAAUG